AUGGCUGCCCCAUGGGGGGCAGCACGCGUCGGGCUCCUGGUCCUCGGCGCCGUCGCCGCCGUCGCCGGCGGCCCAACAUCACACGACCCAACAUUUCACAACAACAACACCACAACAAAACCGGCCUGCGACGACGUCUGCGUCGGCCUGAGCUGCGACACGCCGCGGACCUGCGCCGUCGCCGCCGAGGACCACGGCUGCGCCUGCUUCGCGUGCCUGGGCUGCGAGGCCGAGCGGCGGCUCGUGCGCGCCGGCGGUAGCUGGCGCGACGCGCCCAACGCCUUCGCGGACUGGGUCGCGGCCCAGCGGGCCGACGUUCCCGCGACCUUCGCGGGCCUCGACCUCGACGCCCCGGUCGGCGCCGUGGGCGUCUCCGAGGCCUGGAGCGAGACCUGCCGCGCGGACUGCGUCUGGCCCGGCGCGAGUUGCCCGGACGUCGUCGGGCUCGCGGGCUACUCGUGCCGCGACGACGACGGCGACAAGACUCACACCGUCUCCAAGUUCGCGGGGCUCAACGAGAUGCUCGUCUGCGACUGCAGCGGCUGCGCCGCGUGCCCGAGCGCGGCGGACGAGGACGCGCUCGCCGCGGCCGCGGCCGCGCGGUCGUGCGGCGCGCGCGCGGACUUCGGCGACGUCUUCGACGAGGCGGGGCUGCGCGCGGCCUUCGAGGGCGUCGGCGAGGGCGACUGCGGGGCCGUGACGCUGCGCGCGGACGUGGAGCUGGCCGGCGGGUCGCUGGCCGUGCGGACGCUCGCGACCGUGGUCCUCCGCAUGCGCGGCGCCGGCGCGGUCCGCGGCGGCGGCCGGAGCCGGCUGAUCGCCGUGGGCCCCGGCGCGCGGUUGGAGGUCGACGGCGGCGAGCUCAGCGACGGCGCCGCGACCUUCCCGGACCUCGCGCUCGGCGGCUGCGUCAUCGGGGCCAACGCCGCGGAGAUUGUGGUCGCGAACGCUACGAUCGCGAGGUGCUACGCGUCCUUCAUGGGCAGCGCCAUCUUCGUCAACCGGGGCUCGAACGUGACGCUCCGCGACGCCACGGUCGUCGACUGCGCCUCCGCCGGCGGCGGGGCCAUCGCCGUCGGCGCGCUGCCCGAGUGGAGCGGCAACUGGGCCGCGGCGGAGUCGCGCGUGGAGAUCCUCGGCGCGAGCGCGCUCCGGCGCUGCUUCGGCCUCACGCUGACGGGCGGCGUGUUCACCCUGUCGCGGUCGACGAUUUUGGUCGACGGGGCCGCGGUGUUCGAGGAUUUGUGGGGCGGGCGCGCGGGCGCGAUCGAGGCGAACAUGGCCGGCGUCGUGAGGCUCCGCGGCGCGACGUUCCGGCGGUGCCAGGGCCACACGGGCGGCGCCGUGCAGGUUUAUAGGAGCGCCCUCUACGCCGUCGACACGACCUUCGAGGACUGCGCGGCGGAGGAGACGGGCGGCGCCGUCUACGUCGCCGCGGGCGUCGCGUGGCUCGGGCCGGGCGCGGCGAUCCGCAACUGCCGCGCGGAGCUCCACGGGGGCGGCGUCUACGCCUACGAGGACUCGCUGGUCUACGUCGCGCCCGGCGCGGAGAUCCGGGGCUGCUCCGCGGGGCUGCGCGGGGGCGGCCUGGGCGCGGGGCUGAACCGGCUCGAGGAGUUCGCGGCGCGCGACGGCGCGGGCGGCGGCGCCCGCGCGCGCGCGCGCGAGCGGCCCGCGUCCUACGUCGUCGUCGCCGGCCUCGUCGCGGGCUGCGUCGCCGGCGCCGACGGCGGCGGCCUCGCCGUCAUCGGCGAGCUGAGCCUCCAGCACGCGCGCGUCGAGGGCUGCGCCGCGGACGGCGGCGACGGCGGCGGCGUCUGGCUCGGCGACCUCACGCGCGCGGAGGUCAUGCUCGGGUCCAAGGUCUCGGACUGCUACGCGUCGGGCCGCGGCGGCGGCAUCUACGGCAUGGGCCGCGGGGCCUCCACGCGGGCGUACGCGCGGACCGGGAAGUUCGGGCCCCUCGAGUCCUCGGACGGCUUCGACGCCAUCGGGAGCGAGAUCGUCGGGAACGUCGCGGGCGUGCACGGCGGCGGGCUCUACGUCGAACACGGCCUCGCGGUGACCCUCUUCGCGACGCUCAUCGCGAACAAUCAGGCGCUCGACGGCGACGGCGGCGGCUUCUACUGCUUCGCGCAGACGCCCGUGAAGGUGGGCGGCAACGCGCGCAUCGAGGGCAACGCGGCGCCGCGCGGCUUCGGCGGCGGCUUCCUCGUGGACGCCGCGGCGGUCUGCGCGUCGGGCAGCUUCUCGCCCAUCGGCGCCGUGGUCGUCGGCAACGUCGCGCGGAGCGGCGGCGGCGGCGCGGUGCGGGGCGUCGACGGCGCGAUCUUCGGGAGCCGCGAGAGCUACGCCUUCGUGACCGUCGGGCUCGACUUCCGCGAGGAGAUCUGGGCCGGCGACGACGUCUGGGCGACGGUCUACAACGCGACGCGCGCGCUGGAGCCCCUCGUCGACGUCCGGGGCGUCCGCGCGUACGUCGCCGCGAAGACGAACAGGCUCGCGCGCAUGUCCAUCCUCAUCGACGCGCACAUCAGCGUCGACUACCUCUACGGCUUCUUCGGCGGCCACGGCCUGGGCUGGGGCGCGGGCAAGCCCUACGUCCAGCUGGAGACGCGGCGGGGGGCCCCGCGCAUCAAGGACCUGGAGGACGUCGACGUGCUGCGGCCCGGGACGCACGCGGAGGAGAUCUCGCUGUCCUUGGCGUGGACCGACCUCGUCGACGACUACGAGCAGGAGCUCGGCUUCGCCCAGGCGCUGCGACACUGGGACUGCGCCCGCGUGGCGAACGCCACCGCGGGGCUCGACUGCGAGGGCGUCGCCGGCGCGCUCGCGGCGCUCGCGGCGCUCGUCGACGUCGACGGCGCGCUCCGCUGGAUCGUGAGCGACCUCUUCGCCCAGAUGGGCGACGAGAUGGAUCAGAAGUACGAGUCGGGAUCCAAGGACUUCGGGACCGAGGAGAACCCCGACGCGUUCUACGACGGUAUGGCGCACGCGCCCGGCCGCUCCGACGGCCGCGGCGCGCCGGACACGUCGUGGAUCUUCGAGCGCAACGAGGCCACGGACGGCGACGGCGGCGCGCUGCACAUCGGCCGCGGCGGCCGCGCGUACCUCGACACCGUGACGUGCCGCGGCAACGCCGCGGGCGCGCGCGGCGGCUGCGUCCACGUCGAGGCGCUCGCGACGCUCGAGCUCACGCGGGCGGACGUGACGGGCAACGCCGCCGGCGACGAGGGCGGCGGCGUCUCCGCGACGACGCUCGCCACGGUCUUCGCCGCCGACGUGCGCGUCGCCGACAACACCGCGCGGCGCGGCGGCGGCGCGGCCUUCACGACGUGCGAGGCCGUGCGCCUCGAGCGCGCGACGCUCGCGCGCAACGCGGCCGUCGAGGAGGGCGGCGGCCUCUUCGUGGCGGAGACGCCGCGCAUCGACCUCGACGAGUGCCGCGUGGAGGCCAACGAGGCGACGGGGCCGGGGGCCGUCGGCGGCGGCGCGUCCAUGCGCGGCGGCGGCGCGACGGCGCGCGCCGCGUUCGCCGCGACGACCUUCGCGGGGAACGCGGCGGCGUCCGGCGGCGGCCUCGCGCUCGCGGACCGCGCCGCGCCGGCCUUCGACGCGCCCUGCGCCGCCGCGACGGUCGUCAUCAACUUCGCGGCCGCGGCCGCGACGUGCGCGCCCGCGGACGACGUCCUUGGCGCCGCGGCCGCGGGGACGACGUGCGACGGGCGGCCCCACGGCUGCAACCCGCGGCUCCUCGAGGACGUCGCCGCGAGCCACGCCGUGCGUUUCGACGCCCACUGGUACCAGAGCGACGGCGGCCUCGCGACCGCGCGCGCGGCGUGCCGGGGCUGCGCGUGCUUCGCGGAUCCCUACGGCGGUUUCUCGCGCUACGUCGCCGUGUCGCGCGACGGCGCCGAGGUCGAGCGCCUCACGCCGCGCGCGGGCGCCGUCGUCGCCUACGACCGGUGCCUGCCGCCCGGGCGCUACGCGUUCCGCGCCGUCGACGACUUCGGGGACGGCUGGUUCGGCGGCACCUACGCGGUGACGAUCCGCGACGACGCGGGCCGCCGCGCGCUCGCGGGCCCGCGGGCCGUCGACGGCGUCGCGGCGCUCCACGUCGACGUCGCCGUCGGCGGCGGCCGGCGCACGGCCUUCGAGCGCAACGCUGCGCCGGGCGGCGGCGGCGGCGCGGUCUACUUCCGCGAGGCCGCGUCCGCCUACAACCUCGCCGCCGCGCUGCCGCGCGCGGCCUACGCGGGCAACGAGGCCGCCUACGGGCCCGAGGUCGCGACGCCGGCCGUGGCACUCGUCGCCGCGACGGCCGACGAGCUCGAGGCGCUCCGGGCCGCGGCGGGGGGGGCGCCGGGCGCCGCGGACGCCGCCGCGGGCCGCGCGUCCCUCGCCGCCGCGCUCGCGGCCGUCGUCGACGCGGGGGCCGCGACGGUCGGGGACCGCCCGGGCACGGCCCGGGCGUCGAGCGGGGGCGAGCUCUCCGCGGGGCCGGCGCCCGCGGUCGCGCGCCGCGGCAUCGGCGCCGCGUCCGGCGUGCCCUUCGAGCCGACGCUCUCCGUCGCCCUCGUCGACGCCUUCGACCAGCUCGUCGCGUCCGACAGCACGACGUCGCUCUUCGCGCGCCUCGACGCGGAGCCCCGAGAGCGGAGCCCCGAGGCGCGCGAGAGCGGCCGCGGCGGCAACGCGACGGACCGCGGCGACGACGACGGCUGGCGCCUCAGCGAGCGCGUCCACCUCGCCGCCGGCGGCGUCGCGGCCUUCGAGGGCCUCGCCGUCCAGGGGCCGGGCGGCGGCCGCGCGCGCCUCGUCUUCUCCGCGCCCGCGCUCGGAUCCGACAUCACGGAGUCGUCGAGCUUCCAACUGGCCGUGUCGCGCGACUGCCCCGAGGGCUACCGGGAGUCGUCGCGCCGGGGCACGCUCUACUGCGAGCCCUGCACGGCGGGCGAGUACUGGGCCGGCGGCGGCUGCCUCGACUGCCCCCGGGGCGCGCGCUGCGCCGUCGGCGCGACGGUCGGGACGCUGGAGAUCACGCGGGGCUACUGGCGCAGCGGCGAACGCUCGGACCGCGUCGAGGCCUGCUUCCGGCGGCGGUCCUGCGUCGGCGGCGGCGCGUGCGCCGAGGGCUACCUCGGCCCCCUCUGCAACGCGUGCGGCGACGGCUUCCACGCCGUGCCCUGGCGGACGACUGUCGGCGCGCUCGACUGCGCGCGGUGCCCGGGCCCGCUGCCGACGGCGGCGGCGGCGUGCCUCGUCGGUUUUCUCGUGGUUGCCGCGGCCCUCGCGGGGCGCGCCUACGUGGCCACGGGCCUCGAGUCCGCGAGGAGGCGCGUGAGGGGCCUCGUCGCGCCGCGCUUCGCGGGCGACUGGGCCGCGCCGACGUCGUGGCUCAAGAUCGUCUGGGCGACGUACCAGAUCGUGAGCCAGAGCGACUGGGCGACGAACACGGCCUACCCGCCGCCCUUUGCGUACUCGAACGCGGUGCUGUCCGUCGUCGAGCUCGACGUCGCCGCGAUGACGUCGUUCGCGUGCACGCUCGACUUCGACGCGCUGGACCGCAUGGUCCUCGCGGCCGUGGCGCCGUCGUUCGGGCUGGCGCUCCUGUUGCUCGCGGGCCGCGUGCUGCCCCUGGGCGGCGACCAGCGGCGGCGCCUCGCGUCGCUCGUGCUCCUCGUGACGUUCGCGACGCUGCCCACGGUGUCGACGCCCGCGUUCCGGACCUUCCCCUGCCGCGACUUCGACGGGGGCAUCCGGGUCCUCGAGGCGGACUACGGCGUGUCCUGCCGCGGCCGGCGCUACGGCCUCUUCCGCCUCUUCGCGGCCAUCGUCGUCGCGCUCUGGCCCGUGGGCGUGCCCCUGUCCAUCUUCGUCUACCUCCGGCGGCGGCGCCGGGCGCUGGACCCGACGGCCUACGCGGCGGACGCCCUCGAGGCCGACGCGCUGAGCCGCGCGCGGUCCAACGACGCGGACCUCGCCGCGUCCGCGUUCCUCUGGGCGUCCUACCGGCCGCCGACGUACUACUGGGAGUGCGUCGACAUGGGCCGCCGCGUGCUGCUCACGGGCGGCGUCGUCUUCGCGGGGUCCGACGCGACGCGCUGCUUCGCGGGCCUGGCCAUCGCGCUCGCGUUUCUGUUGCUCAUGGAGAUGGCCGCGCCGUACGCGGACCCGGGCUCGAACGCGCUCGGCGUCGCGGGCGCGUGGCAGGUCGCGUGCUCCUUCCUGAUUUUGUUUUUGUGCUCGACGCGGUUCUUGGACGUGCCGCGGGUCCUGCUCGGCUUCGUGGCGCUCGUGGCGAACCUGGCCGUGCUCGCGGGCCUGUCGCUGUCGCGCUACCUCGAGGAGCAGCGGAAGCGGCGCGUGGAGGCGGACGCGUUCGAGGCGUCCUUCCGCGAGUGCGAGCUCGACUACGACCGCAUGAUGCAGAACGACAUCAUCGACCGGCUCCUGGCGGAGCGCCGGGGCGGCGCGCCGGCGCCGGAGUCGCGCGGGUCGUCGCCGCGCGGCGCGCCGUCGCCGCGGCGGCCGCGCGCGCGGCCGUUCGCGGCGCUCGAGGGGCGCCUGGGCAUCGUCGAGCUCGCCGACGACCCGUCGCCGCGGUCCGCGGGCUCCUUCGAGGCGUCGCCGAGCUCGACGGCGCGGCUGCCCACGGCGCCGAGCAGCUGCGGCGAGCCGACGCCGCCGGGCUCGUCGCGCGUCGCGACGCCCCCGCCCAAGGACGUCGACGGCGACAUGGCCUGGCUCGCGCGGCGGCCCUACGAGGCCCUCGAGAUCGCGGCGCCGGAGCCGGCGCCGCCGCGCGGGGGGCUGCGCGCGGCCGCGCGCGCGCUGCGGACGAAGACGCUCCGCGUCUGCGCGAGCCCCGUCGCGGCGGGCGCGGGCCGCCUCUACGAGCGCGUCGAGCCGCGGCUCUUCGGGUCCGCGGAGCUGCGCAUCAGCCCCCUCGUCGCCCACUACCCCUGCUACGUCGUGUCGCUGUCGCGGCUCCGGACGCUCGGGCGCCUCGUGAGCCACGGCCGCGCGAAGCGCCUCGGCCUCCUCGAGGAGCUCACGGCGACGUCGCGGAGCCCCCACAGCGCCGCGUCCUUCUUCGUGAGCCACGAGUGGGAGGGCGCGGACCACCCGGACAACCACGCCAAUACGAAGCUCCGCUGGCUCCAGUCGCUCGACCGCCACGUCGGCGUGGGCCACGCGGAGGUCUGGAUCUGGCUCGACUACCUGUGCGUGCCCCAGGAGCCGGGCGCGAAGCGGCGGCGGGCCCUGGCGUCGCUCUGCUGCUACGCGAAUUUGUGCUCGCGCUUCGUGCCCCUCGUGCGGUCGCCGGCGGCCUGGAGCCGCCUCUACGGUCACGGCGCGGAGCCGCCGGGGGCGCUGCCGGGCACGCUCCACAGCUACCUCGCGCGGGCCUGGAGCCGCCUCGAGCUCUGCGCCGCGCUCAGCCCCAAGUACGGCCGCGGCGGCGCGGGCUGGCGGCCCGGGCCGCGGAACGUGCGGUUUCGGUGCCACGAGGACCCGGCGUCGCCCGGCGUGGGGCCCCGCGUGACGACGAAGCACCUGCUGCCGCCCCUCGCGGGCGUCUUCGACCGGGGCGACGACCGCGUGCUCGCCGCGCGCCUCGUGGCGGCGCUGGGGCGCAUCUUCGAGGAGUGCCGCCUCCAGUUCGAGGCCGCGGAGCGCCGGGGCCGCGCGCGGAGCCCGCGGAACCCGCUGCGGGCCGUGGACCUCGGCGGGCCCGACGCGGGCGCCGUGCCGCGCUGGCUCCUCGGUGCGGCGACGGGCCGCGCGGCCAUGCCGACCUUCGUCGACUACGGCGCCGGCGCCGGCGCCGACGCCGCGGACGCGGACGAGGCGGGCAUCGAGGUCGACGUCGGCGAGUUCGCGGGCGACGCCCAGGCGAGCGAAACCCUGCUCCAGGGCUACCUGGGGCUGCCCGUGCGCGACCUCGAGGCGCUGCCGCUCUUCGCGCUGGGCCUCGACGGCGCGGGCCGCGUCGCGUUCGCGUCGCGCGGCGCGCGGUCCGCCGCGGCCGUGCGGCGCGGCGCGGCGCUCGACGACCUCGAGUUCCGGUCCGCGGGCGACCUGGGCCACGCGCGGCGCGAGAUCCGGCGCGUCGUCGAGGCCGCGCGCGCGCCGCGGCCCUUCACGCUCUGGCUCCGGCGGCCCGGCGGCGGCGAGUUCGCGUCCGUCGUCGUCCACGCGCUCCGCUUCGGCGGCGCGGGCGGCGCCGCGCGCGUCGCCCUCGUCGGCAACGUGCUCAGCGACGCCCAGCUCCGCGAGGCCGUGGCGCUGAGCGACGCCGCGGCGCGCGGCGCGCGGCGCCGGUCGCCGCGCGUGUCCUUCGACGGCGGCGCGCCGUCGCCGCGGCGGUCGCCGCGCGUGUCCUUCGACGGCGACGCGAGCCCCCGGACGCCCCGGGGCUACUACGCCGAGUCGCCGCGGACGCCGCGCGGCGGCGACGACCGGCCCGCGCGGCGGUCGCGGACGCACCUCGAGGCGCUGCUCCUGCCGCCGCGCCCCGCGAUCGAGAACAUCGGCGACGCCAUGGACCGCCUCGAGAUCGAGAGCGCGCGGUCCCGCGGCACGCCGCGGGACGCGCGCGACGAGCCCCGGGCCUACCCCUGGGUCAUCGCGCGCGGCGCCGCGGACGUCUUCCUCCUCCGCUACGUCGCCGCGUCCGGCGCGCUCGAGGGGUCCGUCUACCGGCCCCUGCCCGGCGUCGAGCACAUCCCGCGCCUCGAGGCGCCCUACGUGACCCAGAUGGCCUCCGGCGGCGCGCGCCUGCCGACGACGACGCACGUCUUCGCGCGCGCGCCCGGAGAGACGGAGCGCGCGGCCGCCGUCGUCCGCGCCGCGACGCCGCUCGCCGCGGGCUCCAUCUUCGGCUGCGGCGAGUGCUGGCACCACCUCGUGGGCCUGCCCCCGCCCGACGCCCUGGGCGAGGGGCAGGCGGGCGCGGCGGCGCUCGACGCGAUGUCGCGCGCGCGCCGCGUCGCGGGCGGCCAGCUCGACGUCGGCGCGGACGGCACGCUGUCGCGGUGGUGCGUCUACACGUCGAGCCUCCGGCCGGAGCCGUCGGACGUGCUCGCGCUCGCGUCCCAGGUGCCCCUGCCCUUCGAGCGGCUCUGGCUCAUCUGCGUCAAGGAGCCCGCGGGCGACGACGGCGCCCGACCGCGGUGGCCCGGCUGGGCGCCCGGCCCGCGCGACCGCGACGAGCUCGAGGCCGCGGGGCGGCUCCAGUACACGUCGGCGACGUCCUUUAUCGUCAAGGCGGCGACGGUCGACGCGCGGGCCUACGAGGACGCGCGGUCCGCCGUGCUCGUGGCCAUGAACGCGCGGCAGCGCUUCCGCGAGGCCAAGGCCGAACUCCGCGCGUCCGCGGCGGGCGCGCGCGCGCGCGACGACGCCCGGCGCCUCGCGGCGGAGGCGCGGCUCCACGAGGCGCACCUCGAGUACUCCGCGUCCAAGGCGUCGCUGCGGGGCACGGCGGCCCUCGAGACCUUCCUCCGGGGCAAGCGCGAGCGCCGCGCGCUCCGCGGCCUCGGCAUCUUCGACGACCGCUGGCCCCGGCUCUACGCGCGCCUGCGGCUCGUCGAGAUCGGCCGCGCCGACACCGGCUCCGUGCUCUCGCUCCUCCCGAGGGACAUCGCGCUCUACCUCCUCGAGUUCCUCCUCAUGCGCCCAGGCGACCUCGGCGUCGCCCGCGCGCGCGCGCCGCGGCCCCGCGGCUCGCCGCGCGACGCGCUCGUGCACCCCGCGUGA